AUGCCACCUGUCGAAGGUGAUGCUGAAGAUGCUCGCCUUGAGCAGUCUGAGGAAGAUCAACAAUGGGGUCUUCACGUCGGUGAUGUCGUUCAGAUCGUGCAGGGGCGAUCAAAGCAGCUCACUUACGCGCUGUACUGUGGUCGUGGACGAGCGAUCCAUGUGUGGAGUCCGUCUCGUCGGAACUUCAGAGUUCGUGUAGACUCCUUACGCGGUCUCAAGUUGUCUGGGUAUAAGGCGGCAAGCUGCACGAGAGAGCUGGACGAAUUCUUUCACGAUCUGCUCAACAUCGAUCCCGUAAAACCGGUCGAAGUAGUUCGGCGUGCCAAGACAGUGCUUCAUGCCACGGCAGCCUCUCGGGUAUCAAGUCUGUCGCUCGUACUGUUUGCUCGCUACGGUGGUGACACCAUCUUCACGUUGUUCCAGUUACUCAAGGAAGCGUAUGUGCUGGCCUUUGACGACUCGAUAUUUGGAAUAUCAUGCGACGAGCACCAAGAAAGUCCCGAGGCGAACGAGUCUCAUUUGGACUUGCCAGUUCAUCCGACCAAACCAGACGCUGAAGCCAACAACCAAGUUGUUGCACGCAGUAUUAAAACUUUCUUCGGGAGUGUGGGCGACCUUCUCAUGAGUGAAUGGCUUGGGAAUUCGCUCAGCGAUUAUUUUCAAGAUUCUCGAGUGAGGAGCAAUUGGUACUCUAUCCACGUACCUUCGACUAUCCUAGCCCCGUUGUUCGUACAGUACGACCACCAGCAGGCGAUAUUUCGAGUGCAAUUUGCGCGUACCCUCGCGCACAGGUUGGCAGCGGAUCGCAUGGAAUGCGCAAUUUGCUGGAUGGACUUCACCCCGCUCAAAGUGAUGCUUCUGAAGUGCCACCACUAUAUGUGCGAUCCAUGUCUUCGCUUGCUGCCACGCAGAGAGUGUCCGUGGUGUCGUGGGUCAAUACGACACGCGCAACCAGUGAGCGAACUUGUGAAGCGAGCGGCACUUCGACUCUUGACGCAGUCGAUGCAGCUCGAAAACAAAUCCCCAGUACCCUUAUUGGAAGAAACAGACCUCGACCAAGAACCGCAAAACCACGACGACGACCCUGCAGAUAACAACUAA